ACAACGUACGUUAUAGCUAACUUAACCACUGAAGAGCACUCUCAUGUGAAUAUAGCCCUUCAAAUCUUCUGCCUUAUAAAGAAUUCUGUUGCUGACACUAAUUAAAGAAAAAAAAAAAAAGUGGCCUUUUAGGCUACAAUUUCAAUCGCAAGAUCAUGGUAUUUGAAAUAUCUGCCUUCGCUGGAUCAACGGAGGGCUCAUGUUAAGGUUUGAUGAUUCCCAAGGAGGAUUUUCCCGAGACUUCUGAUUGAAUUGCGGAGAAAUAUCUUCAGGGAUAUCAUAGCAGAUUUCAAAGUGCCGAGGAAUUUAUGAUGUCUGUAAUGUUUGCCAAUGACACAGGGCCGAAUUCAAGUAUUCCUGGCGUGUCUAAUGAAUGUACUUUUCAGCCAGCAACACGGUCACUCAAAAUCGGCUUAACAAUUGCUUACGUCAUCAUUUUCGUAAUUGGUUUCUUUGGCAACGCAAUGAUCAUCUUCCUGGUCAACCACUAUCCCGAUUUAAAGACAAACUUUAAUAUACUAAUCGUUAACAUGGCGGCCUCCGAUAUCCUUGACGUCAUUACGGCCAUCCCCCUAUCCCUUGCGUACUUGUAUGAAAGCGUGAGGUGGUUUCCAGGCGGAUUCGGUGUUUUUCUUUGCAAGUGUCUGCCAUUUCUUGCCUAUAUUUCCAUUGGAUCGUCUGUCCUGACGUUGACAAUCAUGACUUUUGACCGCUACCACGCAGUCGUACGCACAAUGAGGAGACCCAUGUCUUUAAAAUUCACAGUGGCGGCAAUCGUUACAACAUGGGUCAUUCCCGGGGCGGUGUUUGCAAGUGAACUUUACAAGUACAAGCUCUAUCAUGAAUCAGGCCAAGUCAUAUGCGCCCCGAGAUGGGUGGACAAUCUUUCAGCGUCUCAUGAAAUAACGAAGUACGAGAUGAUUGUCCGGUUUGUCUUGUUUUACCUGAUUCCUCUAUUAGUCAUGAUCGUUUUCUAUUCAAAGAUUGUGCUGCGAAUGUGGAAAAGAAAGGCUCCCGGUGAACAUAUUGAUAAAAUUCGUCAGCGAGUCGAAAAGCAAAAUCGUAAAGUCAUCAUAAUGCUCAUCACCGUUGUGAUCAUAUUUGCCCUUUGUUGGCUUCCAGUGCAGGUCACUCACUUUCUUCUGACGUUCAACCAGAACAUCUGUCUUAGCACGUGCUUAACAUUAACCUUCUUUGUUGUCUCACAUACCUAUCCAGCGAUCAACCCAUGCUUGUAUCUUAUAUUCAACGAGAACUUCCGUGGAGCGUUUAGACACCAGCUGCAUAAAAGUCAUAGAUCUAAACGUCUUUCUGUUACCGUGAGUAAUGGCACGCACAAAAGUGGCUCACAAGCUGUCGGCGCCACUGAAUGUCACAGAUUAUUGGCACUGGACAAAUAUAAAGCAAGGGAAAGUGUGGUUUGAAAUCAAUAUUUCAUGAAAUCAAAGGGCACCCGUGUAAAGUAUCUUUAGUUAAUAAACUAAUCAAUUUUACAA